AUGAGGGAGGCAGAGAAAGGAUUAUUUUCUGUGACUAUCCAGAGUAUUCAGAUUCUCUUGCAGAAACAUGCCUCUAAGGCAGCAGAACGCCCAGAUCCCUCCAUCUUCCCGCUGGUUCCCUGCUGCACCAAGACUGGGAACGAUCCUUUGGGCAUGAGCUUGGUCUGCCUGGUGACUGACUAUUUAUCAUCGGAGGCAAAAAUCCAGUGGAAUUCCGGCAGAGUGACCAAGGGGGUCCAGGCUUUCCCAGAUAUACUGACUAGAGAAGGGGCUUACACCAAGACCAGCCUGCUCACCAUCCCUGAUGGGCCCCAGAAGAGCGACACCUAUCAUUGUGACAUCAGGCAUGACGGAUUCAAACAGCUGGUGUCCAACAUAUUCCCACAGAAAUGGUGUGGUCCGAUGAUGCCGCCCCAGGUUUACCUGUUGGCCCCCUCCUGUGAGGACAGCUCUACGGAGAGCCAGCUGGAGCUGGUUUGCUUCCUCCUGAGUUUCCAAUCCAGCAUCCCCGAGGUGAAAUGGCUGAUGAAUGGAAAGGCCUCGAGCCUCCCUACCUCGGCCUUCUCCUCUGCAACGGGCGUAAAUGACUCCUCCAUGGGCCAGAUCCGCUUGAAGAUCCCCAAACAGAACUGGGAUCGAGGGGACAUCUUCACCUGCCAAGUGACUCAUCCCACGGGGGGAACAGAACCCUCCAUGUACAACACCAGCAAGUGUUUGGCCUGCCCCAAAAGCUCACUUGUGCCAGCCAUCUACUUGACCAAACCUUCCUAUGAAGACGUGAUAAAAGAUUCUGGUCGCGUGACCUGUCUAGUUUUGGGUUACGACUUAACAGCCACCAGCAUCACCUGGCAAGUGGAGGGGAAAGGCAGUUCUGCAGGGAAGACAGAAGACCCCAAAAAGAAUGACAACGGGACAACCAGCCUGGUUAGCUCCCACCCAGUGUCACAGGCACAGUGGGAACAAGGCACCAGAUUUACCUGCAAAGUGAGCACGUUCUGUUCUGGAGAACUCACCCAGGAGAUAACCACGAGAAACAAAGGCAUCGCUAUGAAGGAGCCUCUCAUCACCAUCUCAAAAGCCUACCAUGAAGAUGACUCAGGGGACAGAGUCUCCUUGACUCUUGUCUGCGAAGCUAGCGGCUUUUCCCCCGAAGACAUCAGCAUCUCCUGGUUGAAGAAUAACUCCCCGGUCCUCAAGUCCAGUUACAACAAUGGCCCUGUGACAGGAAGUGGCACUUUAUCCACCUACAGCAUCCUGAAGGUCGAAAGAAGUGAAGGAAUUGAAAACUGCACCUGCGUGGUGCAUCACCCAUCCUUUAGUGAGCCCAAGAGUGUUGUGGAACAGGUGAACCUUGAGGGACCACUCCUGGACACGGAGGAGGAGGAGCCGGAGAACGCCAGGAGCCAGAAGCCUACCGGCAGCUUGCCCAGGACCAAGGACCCCCGAGACACCCCACUGAGCAUGUCUCCUGUGUCGUCCGAUGCCGGGGAGGCCUCCACAUCCGCAGCACCUGGGACUGCAGGGCGCACCACCCUGCCUGCAACAGCUGCCUCCCCGACCACUCCCAAAAAGCUCCUGGUGGAACUCCUGCAGUCCAUAGACCAAGAGAAGAAAACGGUGACAUUGACAUGCAUUGCCUACAACUACUGGCCCAAAGGAGUGACAAUUAAGUGGCAAGGGAAGCCUCACACUGUGAGCGAGCGAAAGGUGGAGAACGGUACAUAUAGAGCCAGCUACCAUAUUGAAGUGCCUUUUGACAAAUGGAAAGAAGAGGCAAAUUAUGCUUGUGAGGUGGAACAUAAACAGACAAGGGAGAAGGUGACCAUGAAGACGUCCAGAAAAGACUGGAUGCUCCCCACUGUUCCCGCCGUGAAACUCCAUGUGCUGCCUGCCUGCCCAAGCCCAGGAGCCAAUGACACUGUCACCUUGCUCUGUUCCACCAGUGGCUACUACCCCCAGGACCUGCAGCUGACCUGGCAGGCAGGUGGGAAGGAGAGACCUGGCACCCAGGCUGGUCUCCUCCAAGGGAACGAUGGGAGAUUCAGUACCUCCAGCAACCUGACCCUCUCCCAGACGGAAUGGGACCAGCUGGGGGUGUACAGCUGCAACGUGACCCACCCAGGAACCGGCAGCACACAACUUAGCACUAUCAGCAAGUGUGAAGCCUGUCAGGGGGGCAUCCCUGUGCCAAGCCUCUACCUCCUGAAGCCAUCCCUGGAGGCCUUGCUCACCCGAGGGGAAGCCCUCUUGACUUGCCUGGCAGUGGGCUAUGAGCUGGGCCAAGCGAGAGUCACCUGGGAGCUGGACGGGGCCAACUGGACCACCAACGCCACCACAGGAAAAGCCGAAAACCAUAGCAACCAGACUCAGAGUCUCCUGAGCCACCUGGCUGUCCCCAGGGGAGUCUGGGAUGCCGGGAGCAGCAUCCUCUGUAGAGUGACUCAUACCUGCUCACUGUUCCGGGGUGUGGAGGCAACGAUCCAGAAGCCCAGAGGUGCCAAGGCUCCAACUGUAUCCCUGAUCCUUCUCAUGCCGAUGCUACCCAGCCCCAAAACAGAGGUGUGGCUGACCUGUAAGGUCUCUGGUUUCUUCCCAUCUGAAUUGCUCAUCGAAUGGAAAAGAGACAAUCACGCCAUCAGGCCCACCAGAUACAUUACUCUGCCCCCAGUGGCUGAAGAGAAGAAUUCCACCUUCUCUACCCAAAGCUACCUGAGAAUCCCAGUGUCUGAAUGGGACAGUGGGACUGUGUUUACCUGCAUGGUAGGGCAUGAGUCCUUGAUAUCUAUGAACUCCACCAGCAUCACUGUGUUAGAUUUCCUGGAGUCAUCUCCCCCCUCAGUCACAGUCUUCCACGCACCAGACACAGGUGGGCAUGAGACUCUGACCUGCUUUGCCACCGGCUUCUACCCAAAACACCUAGACAUGCAAUGGAUGGUCAACGAGCAGCAACGUAACUGUAGCUCUCCCUCCUCUCCGACGGCCCUGGGCGAUGGGAGAUUUCAGCAGCGCUGUGAGCUUGUGAUCAGAGCGGGAGAAUGGAGCACAACAAAAACCUAUGUGUGCACAGUGACCCAUAACUCCACGACAGUCCUGAAGAAGGCGCUGCAUUCUCCUGGUUGCCAUGAACUGGCAUUGCCUUCCGCCUCCCUGCAGCCCCCAUCUUUGAAAGAGCUGUUCACCAAUGAGACAGCCGCUGUGACAUGCAAGACCCCCCUGGUCAAUGCCAGCAUCGAAUGGACGAUGGACGGGGAGCCCGCGGACCUGGGGGCCGUGACGACAGAGCAAGUCAACGGUAGCACCUGGCUGCAGAGUUGGCUCCAUGUCAACCUGAGUGAGUGGAACUCCAAGUUCUCCCAUUAUCUGGUCUCUUCUUCCCCACCGUGCUCCUCCAAACCUGCAGGUUCCCUGAAGACACCCACUAUCUACCUCCUGCCCCCUUCCUCCGAGGAAAUCUGUAGCAACCAAAACCUCACUCUUCACUGCGUCGUCAAAGACUUCUACCCUGGGGCCAUCUCCAUCUGGUGGCAAGAGAAGACAGCCCAGACCGAGAUCGACAGCCCGGCCAACGACGAGCGCCAUGACUGCGACCACAACCACCAACGGUGCUCGGUGAUCAGCCAGCUUGAGGUGCCCAGGAGCAAGUGGAUUCUGGGGACUUCCUACAGCUGCCUAGUCGCCCACCUGUCCUCCGAAGGGAUUGUAGCCAGAAGUACCAAUGUCCAUACUGGUAACAGCUCAACUGCUGCUUUAAUGCUUCCCAAACCCGCUCUGCACCUCACCCUAAAGAUUCCUCUAUGGCCUAUCCCCCAAUCCUUCCAGUUUGGCCUCUGCUCCUUCCCUACUUGUGCUUCCUCUGACUCGAUCCAAAUGAAGACGUCAUUCGCCUGCCUUCUUUGUGUACAUUUCACACGCCUAUUAAAGCGAUAA